UUCAAAUUCAAAAAUAAUAAUAACAUUCACAUUUUUCAAAAUUCAAAAACCCCAUUUGAGUUCCAUCGUCUCCAUCAUCUUUUUCCUGCAAAUUCAAGCGAUCAAUUUAGCUUCAAUCGUUGUAGGCUAAAAUUUCAAUUCAAUGGACCCGUCUGACAAUCUUCCUCACACCCCACAAUCUUGCGUUUCAAGUAACACAACCUAACAAAACCCUCACUCAUCACUUCGUUUUUACUACUGGAUUUUAAUUAUUGUUUAAAAAUAUCAAAAGGGUUUGCAUUUUUUGGGUUGAAAUUAAAAGGGUUUGCGUAUUUUGGGAUAAUAUCAAAAGGGUUUUGAAGGAUGGUUAGACCGGCGAAUGGUGGUGGAAAACCACGGCAGGUUUUAUCGGAGGUUAAUGGUGAUCAAGAACCGGGUAUUCGGGUUGGGUCUGGGAGUGUUGCUGGGUCGGAUUGUGGUGGGUUUGAGUUUUGUAAAGAGGGUGUUGAAGCAUUGUUGAAUGAGAGGAAGAUCACCAAGAAUAUGAGUCUUAAGGAGAAAUGUGAUGUGAGGCAGGAUUAUAUAAAAAGGCUUAGAAUGUGCAUCAAAUGUUUUCAAGAACAUGAAGUGGAGCUUUUGUUGAAGCAAGAACAGGACGCGAAGAAGUUGGAAUCUGCAGAAAAGAGAUGCGGUGAUUUGGAAAUGCUAAUGAGUCAAAAGGAAGAAGAACUGAAUUCGAUAAUCAUGGAGUUACGCAAGAAUUGCACAGCUUUACAAGAGAAAUUUGCAAAGGAAGAAUCAGAGAAAUCAUCUGCAUUGGAAUCGUUAACCAAAGAGAAGGAUGCUCGAUUGUCCGCAGAAAGAUCACACGUUUCUGUCAUGGAAGAACUUGAGAGAGCUCAAAGAGAGUGUUCAAGCGCAAAUGAAAAGAUCUCAUCACUUAACGAUAUGUACAAGAGACUGCAAGAAUACAACACGGGCUUACAACAAUACAACAGCAAGCUUCAAUCAGAGCUUAAUCAAACCCACGAGGCUCUUAAACACGCGGAAAAACAAAAGGCUGUUGUGGUGGAGAACCUGAGCAACUUACGGGGCCAUUGCAAAUCUUUGCAAGAUCAGUUGAACGCUGCUAAAACAAGUAGCAAUGAGACAAUGAAGCUAAAAGAAGCGUUGGCAAGUGAGGUUGGACGGUUGAGAUUGGAUUUACAACAAGUGAGAGAUGAUCGAGAUCGCGUGUCGACACAAGUUCAAGAUUUGUCAACCGAAGUGUCGAAAUAUAAAGAGUGGACUGGAAAGUCAACGGCUGAAUUGGGGAACCUUACAACAAAGUCAAACGAGCUAGAGGCAACAUGUUCUUCACAAAGUAAUCUGAUAAAGAAAUUGCUAGAAAAACUUGCUGCUGCUGAGAAUAAACUAGAGAUGUCUGAUUUAUCGGCCUUUGAGAUAAGAACCGGAUACGAAGAACAACAAAGAGUUAACUCUGAUUUACAGCUUCGUCUAGCCGAUGCAGAAUUAAAACUCGUUGAAGGAGAAUCUUUGCGUAAAAAGUUGCAUAACACGAUAUUGGAAUUGAAAGGAAAUAUACGAGUUUUUUGCAGGGUACGACCACUAUUGUCUGAUGACGGUGCCGACAACGAACCAAAGACGGUUUCUUUUCCUACAACAACGGAUAAUAUGGGUCGGGGAAUUGAAUUGUUGCAAAAUGGGCAAAAACAUUCGUUCAUUUUUGAUAAGGUAUUUGUGCCUGAAUCUUCACAAGAAGACGUGUUUGUAGAGGUCUCACAGCUUGUUCAGAGUGCUUUGGAUGGUUAUAAGGUUUGCAUCUUUGCUUACGGUCAAACAGGGUCCGGAAAAACGCAUACGAUGAUGGGUACACCUGGCAGCUUUGACGAUAAAGGAUUGAUACCUCGUUCGUUAGAACAAAUAUUCGAGUCCAGACAAACGCUUCAAAACCAAGGGUGGAAGUACGAUAUGCAGGUUUCGAUGCUGGAAAUAUACAAUGAGACAAUACGCGACCUGUUGACAACAAACCGACCCGGUUCAACCGAGUUGGGUACGAAGCAGUACGCGAUUAAACAUGAUGCAAAUGGAAACACGCAUGUUUCUGACCUGACUGUAGUUGAUGUAUGUAGUAGCAGAGAAGUGUCGUUUUUGUUAAGUCGGGCUGCACAAAGCAGGUCCGUGGGUAAGACUCAAAUGAACGAACAAUCGUCGAGAAGCCAUUUUGUGUUCACUAUGAGGAUCACGGGUGUUAACGAGGGCACAGAGCAACAAGUGCAAGGUGUACUUAACCUUAUUGAUCUUGCGGGUAGUGAACGUCUCUCCAAAAGCGGGUCAACCGGGGACCGUUUAAAGGAAACUCAAGCCAUCAACAAAAGUCUGUCAUCGUUAAGUGACGUUAUUUUUGCUUUAGCGAAGAAGGAAGAACAUGUACCCUAUAGGAACUCGAAACUUACGUAUCUGCUUCAGCCUUGCUUAGGUGGAGAUUCCAAGACUUUGAUGGUUGUAAAUGUUUCUCCGGCACCUAGCUCGCUUAACGAGUCGCUUUGUUCUCUUCGGUUUGCUGCAAGAGUUAACGCGUGUGAGAUUGGAACGCCUCGGAGACAAACCUCUGUGAAGGCGUUUGAUGCGAGAUUCAGCUAUGGCUGAUGAGUUUUUAUGUUUGAGAAUUACACGCAUUCGUAAUUAGUUUUUGAAAUUCUUACAGUUUGGUGUUGAUGUCUACACCAGAGAAAUAUGAAUGAUGAACAUCUUGGUUAAUAGAUUUGGAUUUGUGUUUUUGUACUA